CUCUUCACGCCUGUGGCUAAAGUUCACUUCCAAGACUGGCACUUACAGAUACAACUUGCGUUUAACACGUUUGUCAAACUUGUUUUCUGCGUUCUUGUUUUCUCCAGUUGCUGCAAGAGUUUGCUUUAAACAUGUUUUCCUCGAUCAGAAUCGCUAAUAAAAGUCGUGCGCUGUUUGCUGGAUCUCAGGGUUUGAAAGCAUGCGCUUCGCAGAGACUGGGGAAAUGUGGAAAGCUUGACGGAGAUCAGAGCAGUGUAAAUGUGUCUUUCAGACGGCCGAUGUCCGGUAAAAGCUUUAAUGUUCCACCGAGCGCGGAGUUUGUGGCUCGGGUCAGCGGAAUCGCGACUAUGUGCAAACUGCCAUUCCAGGAAACCGCGGACGGACUGGACGCGGCGUUUAUAGGGGUUCCUAUUGACACCGGAACGUCCAACCGGCCCGGUGCACGGUUUGGACCGAGACACAUCAGGGCAGAAUCUGCUAUGAUCAGGGCAUACUGUGGCUGGACGAGAGCAGCUCCAUAUGAAUCAAUCAAAGUGGCAGAUAUCGGUGACAUUAACGUCAACCUCUUUGACCUGAAGGACACCUGCAAAAAAAUACAGGAGGCUUACCGUAAAAUCGUGGCCACCGGCUGCAUCCCACUAACCCUGGGAGGAGAUCAUACCAUUGCAUACCCGAUCCUUCAAGCUGUUGCUGAGAGACAUGGUCCGGUAGGUCUGAUUCAUGUGGAUGCCCAUGCGGACACUAGUGACAUGAUUCUGGGGGAGGAGAUUGGUCACGGGACGCCUUUCAGACGCUGUGUGGAUGAGGGUCUUCUGGACUGCAAGAGGGUUGCCCAGAUCGGGCUCAGAGGAUCCGGUUAUUCUCCAGAUAAUUAUGAGUGGAGCCGAGGACAGGGUUUCCGUGUGGUGGAAGCUGUGGAGUGUUGGCACAAAUCUCUGGUCCCGCUGAUGGAGGAGGUUCGCUCUCAGAUGGGAAGAGGUCCAGUCUAUCUGAGCUUUGACAUUGACAGUCUGGACCCUGCGUUUGCUCCGGGCACAGGAACACCUGAGAUUGCUGGUCUCACACCCAUUCAGGGUCUGGAAAUCAUCCGAGGCUGUCGAGGUCUUAAUCUUGUGGGCUGCGAUUUAGUUGAAGUUUCUCCACCUUACGACACCACAGGAAACACUGCUUUGCUCGGUGCCAACCUCCUCUUUGAGAUGAUGUGCGUCCUUCCCAAAGUCAAAUACUAUUGAUUGCUUUAUUUUUUCUAAGAUGAUCAUGAAAUAUUCCAGGUAAAUACACAGUGGAAUUUAUAAUCUGUACAUGAUUCAUGGUCACAAAUCACUAUUAACGUUUUUUAAAAACCAGUACCUUUAAAUAAAAGGUUUCUUUUUAAAUAGGGUUGCAAAAAAUAGGGUUGGAAAUGAAAUAAAACGUACCGCACAAUAUUAUGGAAA